GUGUUGCUUGAAGGAAUUGUAAAAAUUAUUAGUUUUUCUUUUGUAACAAAUUUGAUGGUAAAUAGUGAAAAUCAAUAUUAAACUUUUCGAAAUUAACUAUAGACGUGGUUUCUUUUAAAUAAUAUAUAGCAUCUAAUGAAUAGCACCGCAGCAACCGCAUGAAGAAGUUCAGAAAAUUUCUGUCCAAGCACCCACGCUAUUGCAACCUUUUUCGUCAGUGACAGCAGCGCGCAGUGCAGUUCGCUUUUUUCCAUGAUGUGUUUGUGUGCUCCAAUAAAUGGCUAAGCUCGACUGAACAACUGCUCCGUGAAAGUAGAAGCUAAAUUUACAAUUUUGGUUUUUAGCUUAUAUAUAGCAGUGCACUAGUAUAAAUUAGAUGUGAAAUAUCUGUGGAUUUGUUUGAUUUCGCGAAGAUAUUUGAGUCGCUGCAUUUGUGGAAUUACGAUUUGUCAGACACCAUUUCUCGUUCCUGUACGUCAUUGAGUGCGCGAUUCCUUUUUUUUAUUAUUACAUAUCUAUUCAUUUCUUCAUUCGCCCAAUAAUUUUUUUCUUGCAAUCGGCCAUAAUGGUAUGGCCAAAUAAGCAGAGUUGAAGAAAUUUCCGUGGAAAAAGAAAGCGAGAAGAAACAGCAAAACUACUAAUCAACGGACAGAAAAGCAAGUGGACGAAUUCCCAGUUCCACUAAAAUUCCAUGAGGGAAAAACAUAUUCUGGUUUAAGAAGGAAGAGUCAUUCGAGAUGUGCAAAUAAUUUUUAAGUGCAAAGAAAAGUAUACAAAACAACAAAAAAAAACACGCCAAAAAUUGGCAACAAAGUAGUUGGUUUACAAUCGCAGCAAUUAUCGUCAGCUGCUGUUACGUUUCCCCUCAUCUCCGCUAACUCUGCUGCUGUUUAAACAACGUCUGUGGUGUUCUGGAUAGUUGGCAUUCCGAAUUCCGGAUGUAAGCGUGAUUUUUACCACCAGCAGUAAUGUCAUUCUGAAGUUCGCCUCCUACUCUCUUUUAUAGUGCAGCAAGCACUGUGUUUUAUCCAGCCCCUUCACUUCCAUUAGUUGCUGCCGCAGUUGAGCGCUUACCGGUCACCGACGCGCCUCAGUUUGCUAUCGUACGUCCGCCUAACCGCAACUGUUCGCUACGGCAAUUUAUCGCGUGCCAACAACAAGAGCAAGAGCAGCAACAUCAUCAUCACCUCCUCGGCGACGACGACGACGACGUCGACAACUACUCCCUACAACAAUCACGAAAAAUGUCCAGUGAAGAGGACAAACCGCCAGCGCCGCCCGUGCGUUUGACCAGCAACCGUGGUGGAGAUCGAGUUGGCGGUGGCGGCCUAAAUACAAGUGUUGGUGUUGGCGGUGGUAGCGGCGGCGGCGAUGGCCCACCCGUCGACAUGCGUCCAUUGCCCAAAGAACCCGAUGAUCCCGAUCGCAAGAAAAAGACACUGAAGAAUAAGAUAAAAGGCUCAAAGCCCUCGCAUACAGACUCCAAGCCGAAUAUUUCAUAUCCCACUAAUUUCGAGCAUACCGUGCAUGUGGGCUUUGAUGCGGUCACCGGUGAAUUUACGGGCAUGCCGGAGGCAUGGGCGCGUCUGCUGAUGAACUCGAACAUCAGCAAGCAAGAACAGAAAAAUAAUCCACAAGCUGUGCUGGAUGUGCUCAAGUGGUUUGACAAUACAACAAAGCAGCGGCCAAGUUCCAAGUACAUGACAAAUGCAAUUACGACGCAUUCAGGCUCCUCACUAAGUCGUGUGAGCAGCAGCAGUCCCAGCAGCACUCCAACCGAUUCUGAGUUGCACGCCUCGAACAGUGGUGGCAAUUUGAUUGGCGUUAACCUAAGCAACCUAAGUCUGGGCGGUCCGAAUGUCAAUUCUAAUGCAAAUAAUGUGGGAUUGAUUGGACAAUUGGGUAACAGCAUUGGUGGUGUACAAUCCAUACAUGGCAAUCACCAUCAGCAGUCACAUGGCGGCAGCGCUGGCGGCGCCUUAAGUCAAUCACAUUCGUAUAAUUUUGGUGGCAAUACUGCCUCCUCAUCUUCGCAACAUUCGUCCGCCAAUGAAGAUGACAUACUCGGUGCGCCACAACCGGCGCCACCACCGAUUGCGUCACGACCGGAACGUACGAAAUCAAUCUAUACGCGCCCAAUUGAGGGGGUUGGUGGAGGCGUGAGUGGAGUAUUGGAGAGUAUCGACCAUUUGCGUGCAGCGGCUGCGGCCACUCCUACACCUUUGCACCAGCAUCAGCACCAGCAACAUCAACAAAUUCAACAACAACAACAUCAGCACCAACACCAACCCCACCACCAGAAUAAUAUGGCGCAACCGCAACAGCAACAAUACCGCACGCCGACUAACGCAAUUACGGCAACCACAGCCGCUAGCGUUGCAAGCGCUGCCGCCACUGCACCAGCAGCAACCACAGCUGUAACAACAACGUUGGAUAAGAACAAAAAUAACGAAAAUAUUUAUUCAACCGAUCCAACAACCAAACGCUUAACCGGCUCACCAGCAGCAGCAGUGGCGCAACAGCAACAGGGCACCACCACUCCAGCACAAUUGGUGACACCAUCAGCGGUGGCACCGAGCACUGCGGCGACUCCACAGCCACGUUCUGGUACCGCCAAGAAGAAGAAAAUGUCCGAUGAGGAAAUACUGGAAAAGCUGCGUACCAUCGUUUCGGUUGGCGAUCCAAAUCGCAAGUACACGAAGAUGGAAAAGAUCGGACAGGGUGCCUCGGGCACCGUGUACACGGCAAUUGAGUCCUCUACCGGCAUGGAGGUAGCCAUUAAACAGAUGAACUUAUCGCAGCAGCCGAAAAAGGAGCUGAUCAUCAACGAAAUUCUGGUGAUGCGAGAGAAUAAGCAUCCAAAUGUAGUGAAUUAUUUGGACAGCUAUCUGGUAUCUGAGGAGCUAUGGGUGGUGAUGGAGUACCUGCCUGGGGGCUCGUUAACCGAUGUUGUCACGGAAACGUGCAUGGAUGAGGGUCAAAUUGCGGCGGUAUGUCGCGAAGUGCUGCAAGCAUUGGAGUUCCUUCACUCCAAUCAGGUGAUACAUCGUGACAUCAAAAGUGAUAACAUAUUGCUCGGACUGGAUGGCUCAGUGAAGCUGACCGAUUUCGGUUUCUGUGCGCAAAUCUCGCCGGAACAGUCGAAACGCACAACCAUGGUAGGAACACCAUACUGGAUGGCUCCCGAGGUGGUAACGCGCAAACAGUAUGGACCAAAGGUUGACUUGUGGUCUCUUGGUAUUAUGGCAAUCGAAAUGGUUGAGGGUGAGCCACCCUAUCUGAACGAGAAUCCAUUAAAAGCCUUGUACCUCAUUGCCACGAACGGCAAGCCGGAAAUAAAGGAGAAGGAAAAAUUAUCGACAGUAUUUCAAGAUUUUCUAGAUCAGUGUUUGGAGGUUGAUGUCGAGAGACGAGCAAGUGCGCACGAUUUGCUGAAGCAUUCUUUCCUGAAAUUAGCACGUCCAUUGGCUAGUUUAACGCCUCUGAUUAUGGCGGCCAAAGAAGCCGCUAAGGGAAACUGAUUAAAGAAGAAUUAAUUUAAUUUACGCGAAAGUGAUGAAAUUAGAACUUAAAACACUUUAAUGAAAAAAAACAAAAACAAAAGAAAUUAUAUACACACAUAUACAGAUAAACAACUAUGAUCGACAGAAAAAUUUAGUACAUAAUUCAAAUACUAGGUAACACAAACAGACCAGUUACACGUACACACUUGCUUAGCUGCAGGUUAUACAUACGUACAUAUUAAAUUUACAUAUACAUACAUAUAUAUGUAUAUAAAUUAAUUAUAUAUUUAAAAAGUUCUCUUAAGCGUAAAGUGAGCGAAGGAAAUUCACUAAAGUAUACUACGUUAAUAUAAAGUGAGCGUUAAUCGCAAAGAGAAACGAAAUACAAAAGGCAAAGCAAAAGCGAAGGCUAAAUGCGUUCUGUUUAAACAAUGAAAAGGAUUAUAAAUUAUAUUAUACGAAAACGUUAUUUUUUUGUCAUUUGAUGUAAUUGAUAUCGCUUAAGUAAUUGUAUUAGAAACUGAUAUUGCGGAAAGUGUAUAAGCAUUUCAAUUUGCGCGUUUUUCUGGCAAAGCGCCAGUGUUGAACAUUUUUUAGAAUUCAUUUCCUUUUCUAGUUUCAUAUAAAAAUAAUGUGAACAUUUUGUUGAAGGCGUGAAAAACAUUUUAAUUUAGUAUAACUGCUAACGCUCACAUACAUUUCAUGUUAUUUGAAUUGAAGUUUCUGUAAUAAGAUUUGCGUAAAUUUACUGAAAGAAGUUAUUUUUUGUAAGCUUGACAUUUUAUGUCUUAAAUACUUUUGCGUGGCGUUGUAAAUGCCUUUCUAAGUAGGUUUUUUUAUAUUUCAUUUACCUUUUUUAUUUAAUUAAUUAUUGUUACAUUAGUACGUUAACACGAGAACAAA